AAGAAAAGUCAGGCAAACACAAGCACUCUUGCAACACAGGGAGAUCAGAACUUCUGGCUGGCUCUCUGCUGCCACAGCUCCACCGAAGGGUGGGGGAGGAAGAGGAGGGAAGCUUGCGGGGACUAACCCAGAGCUGAGAGCAGAGGCAGGUGUGUGCAGGUACAUCACCUGGAUCAUGAGGUCAUCCCUCUGCUGGCUCAUCCCAUUUCUCCUCAUGUUGGCCUCAGUGGCCCAAGGCCAGCCAACAAGACGACCAAGACCCAGGCCCAGGCCCAGACUGAGACCUAGACCCACACCCAGCUUUCCUCAGCCCCAUGAGCCAUCGGAGCCUACAGACCUGCCUCCUCCCCUCCCACCGGGUCCUCCAUCUAUCUUUCCUGACUGUCCCCGGGAAUGCUAUUGCCCCCAUGACUUCCCGUCUGCCCUCUACUGUGAUAGUCGCAACCUUAGAAAGGUCCCUGUCAUCCCAUCCCGCAUCCACUACCUCUAUCUCCAGAACAACUUCAUAACUGAGCUCCCAGUGGAGUCUUUCAAGAAUGCCUCGGGCCUCAGGUGGAUCAACCUGGACAACAACCGAAUUCGCAAGGUAGACCAGAAGGUAUUGGAAAAGCUACCCAGUCUGGCAUUUCUCUACAUGGAGAAGAACCAGCUGCAAGAGGUGCCCUCGGCCCUCCCCCAGAACCUGGAGCAGCUGAGGCUGAGCCAGAACCAGAUCUCCAGGAUCCCGCCUGGUGUCUUCAGCAAGCUGGAAAACCUAGUGCUCCUGGACCUCCAACACAACAAGCUGAGUGAUGUCGUCCUCAAGUCCGACACCUUCCAAGGUCUCAAGAACCUCAUGCAGCUCAACCUGGCCCACAACACCCUAAAAAAGAUGCCACCCAAGGUCCCCACAGCCAUUCACCAGCUCUACCUGGAUAGCAACAGGAUCGAGACAAUCCCUAAUGGGUAUUUCAAGGCCUUCCCCAACCUUGCCUUCAUUCGCCUUAACUAUAACAAGCUGUCCGACAGGGGGCUCCCCAAGAACUCCUUUAACAUCUCCAACCUGCUCGUGCUCCACCUGUCACACAACAGGAUCAGCAACGUGCCUGCCAUCAGCAACAAGCUGGAGCACCUAUACCUCAACAACAACAUCAUCGAGAAAAUCAACGGGACUCAGAUUUGCCCCAACAACCUCAUCGCCUUCCAUGACUUCUCCUCGGAUCUGGAGAACGUGCCCCAUCUUCGCUACCUGCGGCUGGAUGGGAACCACCUGAAGCCACCCAUCCCACUGGACCUUAUGAUGUGCUUCCGCCUUCUACAAUCUGUGAUCAUCUAGACUUUGCUCUGCCCUGGGUCUUCUCUGAUGGCACUUGAAUGCUGGUGACCCAGGCGCCUGUGCUCACCAUUCGUUUUUUCUCUCUCUCUGUCUUGCUCCCAGAUCUGCCUUUCUUAUCCCACCUUCCUGAGGCAGGACAAGCCACACACUCUGAUGCACCUGUGGCUUCUAGAGCGAGAUGUUCCAGGCCUUACUUGGGUCCACUCAGCUCAAAGACACCCACUGCACACCCAAACUUCUGGCCCUAGAAGCACAGAUGUCUGUCUGAAGACUUCAUAGUCCCUUCUCUCCCCUCCUUCCCCUGUCACUCCUGGGUAAGUCUAAGCCAGGACUGACACGUGGAUCUCAGUCCUAGCGAAGCAAAAAAAUGAUCAGGGGCAGUCCAGGGGUGAGGCUUGGGAAGGUCUGUAGGAGACUCCUCCUUCAUGGGCAAAUUUCACUCCAAAAGGCCAAGAAACCCAGGCCUCCUUAGCCAAGGAUCCAUCUUCCAAAACUGCUGUUCUACCACCCAUUUGCUGGCACCGGAUAUCACACUGGCUCUCUGCCAGCCUGUGUUCUCCAGAAAGGAAGUGCAAGGGCAUGGCCAAGGGAGGGCAGAGAGUCACAGCACCCACAAGAGACUGCGCUGGCUGUCUCUUUACAGGGAGGAGCUGUGGCCCUCCUUCUCCAGGGUGAACACAGCACAUGCCCUCCAACAGAGCUCUCUAUUCCAAGAGGAAGAGCAGGGAGGAAAAGCCCAGGAAAAAAAUGGCUCAGAAACUAGGAAUCAGUCAGUGGGAGAGGGGUGGAAGUCAGAGUCCCAAGAUAGGCAUGUUUGGGUGCAAAUGGAUCCUGUAGUCCCAUUGGCCACUCGAAACAAGAGGCCUGAUGACAAGAGGCCUCCUGUAAUCAAGAGGAACACAGUGUCCACAGUGAAGGGUGCAGAGCCAGCAGGCCCACCCUACCAUCUGUUCUUUAUCAGUGUGGAUGGAUCAAUCCUUUCCACUCCCAGAGCGAUUCCUGAGAAACAAGCAAGAAGAGGCGGGGCACCUGGAAAUUCCCAGACGCCUCGUCCACGUGUGCAAAUUAGCCUACCCUCUAAGACGGACACAUCAGUGACACCUGGUGGAUGGUGCAGGUCACAGCGAGCUCCCAUCUUUAUCCUCACCUCCCUCAGAGGUAAUUUUCCAAGGUCAAGGAUUUCCAACUUGAAGAGCCAGGGGUUAUGUGCAUGGUCUCCCCUCGAGGGUCUAUAGGACACAGAGGUACAGAGGCCCUGAGGUGGGGGGCUUAUUCCCAUCAUGGGUGAGCACUGGUGAGAACCUUCAGGAUACAAUUUGUUCCAGUUUGCUCUCUGACCUUGCUCUCCCUUCUGCCCUCAGCUCCUACAUCUGUGUCCUCUGAGGCCCCUCCAGCACCUUUUUUCCAGUUUGCGACUCCACCCUUUAGACCUUGCUCUAAUGUAGGACAAGUCGUAAAUAUUAUCCCCUUUCCUUGCAGUAAUUUAUUCCCCAUAUGGACUGUCUCUCCCCCAAAGUUCCCACUCUCCCUACCUGGUCCAGGUGCAGCUUGGCAGGCCUCCAAAGGAGCCUGGGCCCCAAGGGCUGACUCGCCUUCUCCUGAACAGCUUCUUGGGGGUGCUGCCCCUUUGUAGCCCCCAGAGUGUCUCUGUGGUGGGGGAGUGGAGGAAUGUUUUAAAAAUGAGUAAGACACAGUGCCCACUCUCAAGAUAGAUUGAGAAAAUUCCAGAGAUUUUUAAGAAAUUGUAUUAAGCUACUCCCCUAACUUCAAAAAGUUCCCAUUAUACUCUUUCUCGCCCUUCUCUUUUGCUAAUUUACAGAAAAUGGGGCUCAUUUUGUCCCAGCUUCCUUCCACAUGCUCCCAUAAACUGCCUCAUUCUUCCUAGUUGCAGCUGGUUUUUCCAAGGCUCCUGCUUAAAGUCAAUAUAGUAUUGUGGCUGUAAGCAACCUGGUGCUCUGGUCCAGAUAAGCUCCCUUCUGCACCUUUAUUCACACCUUUCAACCUCAGCCCCUCUGAUGAGGCUCCCAUGGGUGCCAGGGAGGAGGGGUCAUUCCCCUGCUCCUGAAAAGCCAAACUAGUUUAUUUCAGCCGCAACACAGUCACCAUCAUUCCAUCACCCCAUAUAAACGUCUGUUCCCUCCAUCUCUCCCAGCUGCUAUAGACCAGAGAGGAUUCAAGUUAAACUGGCUUUAAAGCGCGCACACACACACACACACACACACACACACACACACACACAACAUGCUGGUUUCCCUUGGGUUUCAGGAAGCCCCCUCAUCCAUGCACAAGUUCACCUCUCAGCGCUAUUGGCAUCUACAUAUACAGGUGUGUAAGUAGGUGUGUCUGUGUACUCUGUUCAUAUAGCUCUUCUUCUGGAAAACCAUGUUAACUUUGUGAAAUAGCUUUCACAUUCCAACACGCUUCACAGCAGAGAAAAUAUAGUAAUACGAAAAACAUCCUGCUUGACCUUGACAACGUAAACAGGUCAAGAAUAAUACCUUAAAUAAAGUCAUCUUGCCACCCCUCUUCUCCUGCUUUCCAUCUCUCACUUGCUCUGAGAAUAUGGGUGGAGACAGGAUCCCAAUCUUAAGAAACUCUAAGAAAACAAUUCCAAAGCCUUUUCUUGGUAAAUUUCCCCAAAAUUCACAAUCCUCAUGAAAAAUCAUUCCUAAAGUCAGACCAGAAAUCUGAUAGCUACAUUUGAAACUCAAAGUCCCAGGUCUUUCAGUUCACACAUACCAAAUUGUUGAGGGUCUCCACAUGCUCAGUACUGAGCCAGAUACGGAAAGACACAAAACAGACACCAUUCCUGACCAAGUGAAGCUUACAGACUAGUUGAAGAGAUGCAGUGUAAGAAACACAAAGCAGUGGCAGAGCUGUAUCAAAGAGCUGUAUGUGAGCAGGCUGUGCCAAUGCUCACAGAAGGGUGAGAAUGGGAUACCCUGGAAUCUUUCUUCAGAUGGAAGAUUCUAGAAGUGGGCUUGUGAUCCUCCCAGCCUACACCACCUUAAGAUAAAAACUGCCAGAUGCUGCCCCCGCCCCUCCCACCCUGUCUCCUGAACAGCUACUUCAGUUCAAUUCAGCAAGUUUUCAGUGGACAUCAACUAUGUGCAAGGUUCCCAGCUAAGAAUUCAAUGAUAGGUAAUAUAUAUCCCAGGCCUUUGAGGAAUUCAU